UUAAUCGAUUAGGUUUUGUUUAAUGAAAAUAGAGUGGGUUUAAGACUUCGGUGUUGUGAUCAAUAAUUUAUAGUUCAAUAUCAAAAAUUCUAUGCUAAUACGGAUCUAAGCUUGAUAAAAAAUAAUGGCAAAUAAAGAAGAUGAAGAAACAUUUCAAGAGGACAUUGUAUAUAUAAACCCCGAAGACGGAAUGCCUAAUAUUCAUCCUAAUAUUGCUGAUAUAGACCACGAAAGCGAUUCUCUAAAUGAAAUAAACGAUUUGGAUGACUUACCUAAAUCUGUGAUCGUAACAAACAUUCAUAGUAACGUUUUCACCGACGACAAAUUAAAGAAUGAAUUAGAAGAUCUUUUUCGUACAUUUGCGGAUAAUAUUACGUUUCAGUGGUUAAGGAGUUUUAAGCGCUUACGUGUUAAUUAUGACAGUCCGCUCGCAGCGGCUACUGCUCGUGUUCGUCUUCAUCAGUAUAAAUUUUAUAAUUCAUGCAUUAACUGUUAUUUUGCACAGCCAGUGACACCAAUUUCUUUAAAAAACCUGCGACCGCCAGCUCCCGUAAAACAGUUUUUGAUUUCGCCUCCAGCAAGUCCACCUAUUGGGUGGGAACCACGUGAAGAAGGUGAGCCAAUAGUGAAUCCGGACUUAUUGGCUGCUAUAGCCAGCCUCGCACCUGGGGAAAGCCAUGAGGUACAUGCACCAACUCCCACUCAACCUGCUAUUGUGGUACAUACGGCUUUACCUACCGAUACCAAUGCUCCAAGUCAUGUCGGAGUUACAAUUCCACAUACUCGUUGCCCUGAAUAUUAAUUCAUUGUGUUAAAGUAUAGGAAAUUUAUUAUUAAAGUAGAUGUUUAAUAUUUUUGUUCUAUCACAUGUCAGUUUUUUGACUAGUGAUGCCAAAGACAAAUACUACUUUCAUUUGUAGUUUUAUCAAAACAUAGGUGUUUGUUGAACAAACAAUUUUUGUCACUAAGGUUAGGCUUAUAAAGUAACGGCUUAUAAGUUUGUUUUAUUUUGGCAAGAAAAAUGUAAAAAAAUAAAUUGGUGCUAUUUUUUAAUAUUUAUAUUGCUUGUGUUUGUAUAAUAGAAUAUAGAAAAUUCAUAGUUUAUUAUUUAUUGUAUGACAGCAAAGCAUGUAAUUCAAAACAAUAUUUAUUGUCACUACACAAAGAAAGCAUAAAAAGUUAAUUAUGUGAUAUGACAAUUUUACAAUAAAUUUUCUUUAAAGAUUUCAAAAGCAUACAGGGUUCAUAAACACAUACUUUUUAUUUUAUUUAUCAUAUGUCAACAAAAUAAUUAUUAAAGAUGCUUAUAACAAUUCUUAAAAAAGUUGCAAAGUAUUUUUAAAACUUUAUUAAAUGCUGUAGUGUCAAUGGAUGUUGUAUUGCUUCCGAAUAUUAUUAAAAAAAAAUAGUAAACAAAAUUAUAAAAUUGCUUGAACUCACAUAUCAAACAAAGCUAAACAUUGAGGCAGAUUAAAAUAUUCUUUUAUUUUCAUAAUAAAAUAUGCUCAAGCAUCAUAAGGUUGAUUGAUAAAAUAAUUUGAGAAUUUUUCAAUAUUUAAAAUACUUUAUGAUUUUCAUGCAUCAAAUUAAUAAUGCUUUUUGUUCCUUGUGAAACAUUGCGUUUUUCCUGUUUUGUUUUUUUAUUUAUUGACUAAUUGAAUUGGCUUAUUAUUCCAAACAUAAUGUAUAAAAUAUAGUAAUGGCUUAUAAGUGAACAAACUAGUUUAUUUCCCAAUGUGUGAAUAGGUAGUAAUAAAAUUUUAAGAGAAUUGUUAUCAAGCACCUCAAAUAUUUUGUUUUUACUUUCAUUGAAUUUAUAUUAAAACAACGUUUUUCAAUUAUUCAGUGUCUUGUAACUUAAUUUAUAUCUGUAUUUUACUAAGUUUGAUUGUUAUGUACAAUCACAGUACAAUCAGAGAUUUAAAUGUACAGUUAUUAAUUUAAAAUUUAAUCUCAACUGAAAUAAAGCAGUUAAUAUUUUCAAAACGUACUAUUAUAUUGUACCAAAACUAUUAAACUAGACUUUUAUGAAAAUGAAUGAAUUAACAUUGUGAUGAAUAUUUAAUAGCAAAAAUUAAACAUUGAUAUAUAAGCUUACAAUAAAUACAAGCAAAUAUUUAGACAAAAUGAGUUAAAUUUACGAAAAUCGUGACAUUAGUAUAUCUUUUGGGUAAAUAACUUAUGUAUUUUUAUUUGGAUAAGCAAUAAGAUUUGAUUUAUUUGUUAAACGUAAUCUUGUGAUUGUAAUUUGUAGAGCAGGAAUGCUAAAGCAAUUUGCCAAACUAAAAUGUUGGCAAGGCCCGAGGCUGGAAAAGUGCUUUUUAGGCCAGUUGCUAAAAGAGUAUUUACACUGUAAUAUUUAUCGAUUUCUGUUUAUACAACUUUCACAACCCUCUGGAAUAAGCUCCAAAUUUUCUCCUUAAAAAAAAAGGAGAAGAGGCCUUAGCCCAGCAGUGGGAUAUUCACAGGCUGUUACUGAUACUGUACGGUAUUGUACCACCCUCUGAAAUCCAAUAUAUUAUACAACAUUUUAUUAAUUCUUCUUGACCAAUUUUAGUUAAUAUAAUAUAAUAACUUUUGGCAUUAACAUAACAAUACUUGUACCCAUUUUUCUUUGAUGGUUUUGCAGCUAAAAAAUUUCUUUAAUUUUAAAACUAAAAUCAUAAUUUAUUUCCAACACAUUCACUUAGUAAAUUAGGAGCCUCGAUUGACAUGAGCUAGAACAUAGGUUCAGCUUCCGAUGCAACUUAUUUUUUGAGAACUUAAGUAUAAUUUCAUUUUUUUUCUUUACAAUUUCUAUUUAUUAAGCAUGGUUUUGGUGAUAAUUCAAUAAAAAUUUUAUGUUGUAAAAGAAAUAGUCAUUAACUUAUUUUUGUUUUUAAAUAUUUUAAGUCACAUGAACACAAGAAUUAUGAAAAUUGCAAAUGCAAUUUAGGCAUAAGAUAAGUUUAAAAUUAUAUAUUGUUUUCUUUUUUCAUGUGUACCAUCCAAAUUGAUAAUAAAGUAUGCCUAUAUGAUAAUUAAAUAAAAAUGAAUCUAUAAAAAUGUUACUAAUAAGACGUUGCAGUGUUUGUUAGUCAUAAGUUGCACAGACGUGAUAUAUUGCAAGUGAAAAUUACUCAUUGUUUUAAUUCUAAGUUUUGAAAAAUAUUACUUUUUCUAAUAUUCAGUAAUAAUAUCUAAUUUAUAUUACAUAAGUAAUUUAAAAAUAUUUCUCUCACUAACUGAUUGUGUCUUACAUUUGAUAUUUUUAAACUACGGGAUAUCAACAAAGUGCAACUGCUGUUAAAGUGCACCGGGAAUAAGUGGAUAAUCACUAUAUAACCAUUAAUCACAAUAUAAGUGUUUUUUAACUCUUGCCAAAAGUGUGUGUAUAAUUUCAGCUAAAUAGGUUGAACAAGAUUUUACGCGCACGCCUGCUGUUACGUAUGAAAUUGAAUAAAAUCUUGUUAAAAAUCACUCGUAUCUUUUUUGUAAAACUAUUUUUUAGUAUUUGUUACACCAAAUAGAAAAUUUAAAAAAAAAGUAUACUCACCGUCUUUCUUGUUCAACCUGUCUUAACCGGGACUUGUGUUUGUAAAUUAAAAUUAAUUAGUACUAGAUAUUAGAUAUACUGUUGCGAUUACAUCACAACGAACUGGCAAAAUUUAUAAAAGUUGAUAGAUUCAUAUUUUUGGAUGUGCAUGUAGACGGCAUUUGUAUUGCUUUUAUAGAUUUGAUGUCGAUCAAAGCAAAUGUAAAUGUUACUAUUUUCAUAGUAAUAAAUAAUAUUUUAAAGCUUUUAACCAAAGAAAUUGUAAUCAACACUUUCAAUUAUUAAUCCUAGUGAAAUAUUAACAGGGAUAAGUUAAGAGUAAUUUCAAAUUAUGGAGAAAUAAUAAAAUAUGUAUGUGCAGCAAAUAUGUUUAAUGUAUGUCGAAGAACCUAAGAAAUCUAUUAUUUACACUAGUAUUAAUUAUAUACAGUUGUCGAUUUCAUUUUCAUUGUUUAUUCUUGACUAAUUGUAAAACAAGUAAUUAAUGUAUACAAUUUGUACUCAAAUUAUAUACAAAAUUAUUUUGUCUAUUGUUUACAAUUAAAAUCGAUCUUCUUUUCUUUUUUUUGUUCAAACCCUCUUUUCAGUUCAGCCGGGGUCGGGUCUCCGUGUACGUCUGCGCCAGAGGCUUGUCUGUGUACUCAGAUUCUCUUUCUGCAUGUUUGACCACCAGGUUACGGGCGGUCGCCCUUUUCCCCGCGGUCGGUCCGGUCCGGUUACAAUUAAAAUCGAUCGCAAUUAAAUAAUUGAUGCAACUUAAAUAAGUAUUUUAAAAAAGUGCUUUGUAUUAAUUCCUAGUUAUAUUAUAUAUAUAUUAUAGAAAUUUAAAAUUAACAGAAUGUAUAAUUACUUGUAAUCUAUCCACUUUAAAAUACAAUAAAAUUGGUUCAAACCACAGGCUGAUAGCGAUGUAAUAUCAGUUCAAUCCUGAUCUGUUGAGCUAUUGUCGUGCUUACCUAGAAAUAUUAGUAUUUCAUGUUUUCCCUAAUUUUGCUAUUUAAAAAUGUUUUAAAUGAUUUCAUACGCAUUACAGCUUAAGCGUUACAUUUAAAACUACUAUUAACUAUUUAUAACCUUGUUCGUGAAAUUGUUGAUAUUUCAAUAAAUUAAUAGAUUUUUUUAUUCUUAAUAUUGAACGUGUAUCUUAAUUGUCCUACACUAGUGUAUCUUAAUUGUCGUUUUAAUCUCACUGUGAUGUCUAUGUUUAUUGUUUGAUGUAAAUAUUAAAAAGAGUUUUUAUU